AAACUUAUAGCAUAUGGGCACUUGACAGGGAAUGCUCCAGACAGUACAGCUCCAGGCAAAAAAUUAAUUGAUAGAAUUAUUGAGACAAUAUGUGGCUGUUUUCAAGGCCCUCAGACAGACGAAGGGGUUCAGCUACAAAUAAUAAAGGCUUUGCUCACUGCAGUAACAUCUCAACACAUAGAAAUCCACGAAGGAACAGUGCUACAGGCUGUAAGAACAUGUUACAAUAUCUAUCUAGCAAGCAAAAAUCUCAUAAAUCAAACCACAGCCAAGGCCACUCUAACACAAAUGCUGAAUGUCAUUUUUGCACGUAUGGAAAAUCAAGCACUUCAGGAAGCCAAACAGAUGGAAAAGGAAAGACACAGACAGCAACACCAUCUACAGCAGUCUCCAGUAAGCCAUCAUGAGCCUGAGUCACCUCAAUUGAGACAUAUUCCAACACAGACUGAUCAGCUAUCCAAAGAACAUGAGAGAGAGCUUGACAACAGCACAAAUGAUGUGGACAAGAACCUUCAAGAAGAUAUAGAGGCAGAAAAUGGAUCUGAUAUUUCUAGUGCUGAAAAUGAACAGACAGAAGCCGACCAAGCCACAGCAGCAGAAAAUCUUUCUAGAGCUGAUGGAGGAACAUAUGAUGGUGAAAGCACUGAGUGUGAAGAGAAGGCGCAAGAAAUUGUAGAAAGUAUUGUGCAGGAAAUGGUGAACAUAGUAGUUGGAG